AGAGAACGAGCCCUAACGAGCCGCAGUUCUUUUUCCGCAGUUCGCCAUGCGAUCCAUGCGCGCGUGGAGUUGGGUCAAUAAGACUCCUGCAUCGUGCUGUGUGUCACGCAGACUCAGGACGUGUGGGCCUUUGGUGCUCCGCAGCUGGCGGACUGCUCCACCGCCAGUCGGCCAACGGCACAUCGGCACUUCUUGGCUGGUCACGCGGGUCGCCGAAGUGUCCCGCGACGAGGUGUCAGUGGCUGACGUGCUGGCAUUCUUGCAAUUUGAGAUCCAUGGCACCUUAGCAAACACGCCGGCGGAAGCGGCCGAGCGCAUUGAACUGAUGGUGCAGGCCGAUUUGGACCCCGACGAUCGGAUCAGGCUGGAAGAUGCAGAGGAGAUGUUGCAUGAGUUGGGCGUGGACCAGGAUCGCUUGAUGGACUUCCUGGUGAAGGAUGGGAAGGAUGAAUAGACUCCUGAGCGACCGCGGUCGCAGCGGGGCCAAUGGAGCCCUUGAUGAUCUUGAUGACAGCUCGAGAAGCGUGAUGAAAAAG